GUACGGGGGACAAGCGGGCUGGCGUGGGCGGCCAGGGGGGAGCGGCGCGGGGAGCAUAAGGCGGAGGCGACCGAGGGGGCGGAGGCGACUCCCGGCUGCCCGCCUUGCUUCCUUCCCCCGUGCCGGAGUGAAAUACGGCAAAAUACAAAUUCACUGGCCCUGACUACUGAUGUACAGGAAGUGUCUUUUCCACCUACUGCUCCUCCAAUGCUUUGAAGAAUGCGAGACCUAAGGGCUCGGGCAACAAGCAGUCUGCUGCGGUUUCCAGAGGUGACUAUUCAGGCACUUGGGGAAGAUGAGAUAAGCCUGGACUCUGUGCUGUGCGGGAAGUUUUCUGGAGGGAGAAAUGUCCUGGCCUGGCUGGCGUGUGGUCCUCAGCUCGAGGUAGUGAACUCUGUGACAGGAGAGCGGCUCUCUGCCUAUCGUUUUGGUGGAGUAAAUGAACAGCCCCCCACUGUCCGUGUGGUAAAGGAGUUUUCCUGGCAGAAGAGAACUGGGCUGCUGGUUGGGUUGGAAGAAGCAGAAGGAAGUGUGCUCUGUCUGUAUGACCUGGCAAUAUCAAGAGUGGUUAAAGCAGUUGUUCUUCCAGGAAGGGUAACGGCUAUCGAACCCAUAACUAACGAUGGAGGAGCCAGUGUGAGCACUCGGCACCUGCAUCAGAGUCUGCGAUGGCUCUUUGGAGUGGCAGUGGUGGCUACAGAUGUUGGACAUCUGCUUCUGGUUGACCUUUGUUUGGAUGAUUUAUCUUGCAGUCAGAAUGAAAUAGAAGCAUCAGAUCUAGAAGUUGUCACCAGAAUUCCUGCUGAAGUUCCACAAAGAAGAGAAACUGUGACCAGGGAAGGGAGACAUCUCUGUUUUGAAUUACAAAAUCCAUCAGGAACAUCAAUAUCAACGCUGUGCUACAUAAGUAGAAGCAAUCAGCUUGCUGUGGGUUUUUCUGAUGGCUACCUGUCGCUAUGGAAUAUGAAAUCUUUGAAGAGGGAGCACCACUCUCAGCUUGAAGGAGGAAGGAUUCCUGUCUAUGCUGUUACUUUUCAAGAGCCCGAGAAUGACCCUCGCAAUUGUUGCUACUUGUGGGCUGUCCAGUCUACACAAGAAAGUGAAGGUGAUGUUGUGAGUUUACAUCUGUUGCAGUUAGCAUUUGGUGACAGAAAACGCUUGGCUUCAGGACAAGUCAUGUAUGAGGGUUUGGAAUACUGUGAUGAAAGGUACAGUUUAGAGCUCAUGGGUGGAGUCUUCCCCUUGAGAGGGCAGACCAGCAAUACUAAGCUACUCAGCUGUCAGACUGUGGAAAAAUUUCGCAACCACGUUGACAGAGAGGAUAGUGUUAAUGAAGUAAUAUCUCCUGACACCAGCAUAUCAAUUUUCAGCUGGCAAGUGAAUACCUAUGGUCAGGCAAAACCAUCUACCUAUUUGGGUGUAUUUGACAUUAAUCGCUGGUACCAUGCUCAGAUGCCAGACUCACUAAGGCCAGAAGAAUUCCUUCAUGAUUGCCCCUACUUUGCCUUGUGGUCACUGGAUUCUGUAAUAAGCAUGACUUCUCCAAACCUUAUUUUGGAUAUUGUGGUACAUGAAAGGAGUCUGAGUCGGGGAGUUCCUCCUUCUUAUCCACCACCUGACCAGUAUUUUAAUCCAAGCACCUAUAAUUUUGAUGGUACGUGCUUGCUGAAGUCCGGAGUUGUUCAUAUGACUUGCACUGGCUUCCAGAAGGAGACCUUGAAUUUCUUGAAGAAAUCUGGCCCUUCAGUAAGUGAAGCCAUUCACGAUAGCUACAAUAGGUGUCUUGCAGCUGGCCUGCUGUCUCCAAGACUAGCGGAUGUCCAGCCCUCCAGUUUGAGUCAGGAGGAGCAGUUACAAGCGGUAUUGUCAGCUGCUGUCCACACAGGUUCUUUAGAGCUUCUGACUGGAUGCAUUAAACACUGGACAUCUGAAGAGCAGCCAAAUUCUGCUGCUAAUUUACGGUUUGUUCUUGAGUGGACGUGGAACAAAGUGAUCUGUGCAAAACACGAAUUUGACCAAAUUGGUGUUCCGCUGUUUGAUGGCUCUUGCAACUUCAUUGACCCACAGACAUUACAGUCUCUUCAGCACUGCCAGUUGCUUCUGAGCAACCUUAGCACAAUCUUAAACUGUUUUCUAAGAGAAGCACAGGAGCUUACAGAAAAAGGUUAUGCAGACUUGAGAAAUAAGCAGGUGGUAACCAACCUCCUUUCUUUGUAUGCACAAGUGGUCAUCUGGUUUUGUCGAUCCAGUCUCCUCCCAGAGGGUUUAGAUGAUGAUAUGCAUUUGUCUAGACCUUUCUACAACUAUCCUCUGAUUCAGAGAUACUAUACUGGCCAUCGACAGAAACUUGAACGUUUAUCAGGAGGAAAAUGGGAUUCUGACUGCUUGCUGAUUGAUGGAAUGGUUUCCCAGCUAGGAGACCAGGUCGAGAAGCUGUGGCGGAGAGAUGAAGGAGGAACUGGGAAAUACCCACCUGCUAGUUUACACGCCCUGCUGGAUCUGUAUUUGCUAGAAAGCAUUGAAGAGAACUACAAACAUGCAAUUACAAUUUACCUGCUGCUAGACAUCAUGCAUUCCUUUCCAAAUAAAACGGAGACUUCAAUUGACUCCUUCCCAACAGCCUUUGGUAUCUCUUGGGGCCUUGUGAAGCUUAUUCAAGCUUACUGGCUUUUAGAUCAUAAUGAUUAUGAAAAUUCCCUGGCCCUGCUCUUUCAUCCAGCUACGAUCAAAACUGUGCCCUGGCAACAUAGGAGGAUUAUUCAAGCCCUCAUGAGCCAAGGAGAGCACAGACGAGCCCUCAGAUACUUACAGAUGAUGAAGCCAUUGAUGUCAAGCAGUAGUGAAGUUCGGCUUUUCCUCACCGUGUUGUUGUCCAAUAGGUGCAUGGUGGAGGCCUGGGGUCUGCUGCACCAACACAUGACUAAGUUAAAUACGGAAGAGCUGUUAAAGCACAUGUAUGAGCUCUGCCAGGAGAUGGGACUGAUGGAAGACUUGCUGAAGCUGCCUUUCACAGACUCUGAACAAGAGUGUCUGGAGAAGUUUCUGCAGACCGGUGCUGGUGCUCAGAAUCAGGAAUUUCUUCUAGUCCACCAUCUGCAGCGUUCCAAUUAUAUUCCAGCACUGCAGUUGAAUCAGUCAAUGAAGGUUAAUCUUAUGGGUGAUCGUGAUCCUCGUUUGAGAGAGAGAGCAGUUGCCAGAAACUCUAUAUUAGAGCAGUAUGGCAAGAUCCUUCCUAGAGUUCAAAGGAAGCUGGCUCUAGAGAGAGCCAAGCCUUACCAUCUGCCUUCAUCAGUCUUAAGAGAAGUUGCAAGACCAAAGCCGUUAUCAACAGUAGCAAGACAAGCUAAUGCAGCACAUGUGCAUACAAGAGCAACUUUCAUCAGUAACGUAUUGUCCAAAAUCGGAGAAGUGUGGGUAGGAAAUGAGCAGAAAACCAGUUUCUUACAAUAUGAUAGCCCUAGAGCUACAGAACCACCAGCACUUCCUCUCCCUGCUGCAGAGUUGCCCGAUGCAUUUGUUGGGACACCAGUUACAAAAUUCUCACAGAAACGUUCCAGAUUGCUGGAUUUGGUGGUUCGUCCUGUUCCUUCGUGUUCUGCAGAGCAGGGUGGUGGCUGGCAGUCCCCACACAGAGAUUCUACUUCAUUCGUGGCGUCCAGCCCAGUGAAUUCAAAUUUGCGUGGUUCCGCCUUACAGAAGAAGUUUUUAAGAGCAUCAGAGCUGAAUUUGCUAGAGACUCCACUGGUGGUUAAGAGAGCUAAAGAUUUGGCCAUGUCUGCUUCUGGUUUUCCUGGGUUUACUCCUCAAUCUAUCCUCAGAUCCAGCCUUCGCACCACACCCUUAGCAACUCCUUCUGCGUCUCCAGGACGAUCAGUUACUCCUCCUCUGCGAGCUAAGGAACCUAGAAUAUCCUUCAGGGAAGAGGGCUUGAGAGCAAAAUGGACUGUUGGGGUAAGUGUAGAAGAUAAAAUGCUGUCUGAAGCUUCAUCUGAACAUCAUCGUGGAGUGGUGGAGGAUGCUUGGUCUGAAAGUAGAGUUAAAACAACUCUCUUUGCUCUGAGCAAUCCUGAGAAAGAUGGUGCUGGAAUGGAAGAGUCUUCAGAAAGCAUACCUGGAGAUGGUUUGGAGACUAUGGAUGUCAGCAAAGAAAAUAGUAACAUUUCUGCCAGGUCAGACCAAACGACUCUGGAGUAUCAGGAUGCAAAAUCACCUGGCGAUUUUGAAGAUGAUGUAAUCUUUAUAGCUGCUAAGCCAGCUAAUUCUUCCGUUGAAGAGACUGCUGAUUUUCAUGAAUCAGAGAAGGAAGAAGACAGUGAAAUGGUUGAAGAUAAACCUUUCCAGAUGGAAGAACCAGGCUCAUCAGAGCUAAGGGAAGAAGCUGGAUUUGUGGAAGAAUCAAAUGCUGAAUGUCUUACCCUUCCUGACAAUGGUAAAUUGGUGUUUACAUCUGCUGAGGCUGCUGCUUUUGGGACUGCAAGUGAAGGUGAAACAAACCACCAGGAGUCCAAGAUGCCUUCCUCUUCAUCAGAAGAAAAAGUCAUGCCAGUUGCAACAAACCCACAGCUUUCUGAAUCCCCAGAAGCAGACAGUGAAUCUGUGGUAGGUGUCCUUGACAGUGAGGAUGUGGUCAGUGCUUCUUCAGAGAGACACCUUGAGGAGAAGUAUGUGGAUUUGCCUAAAGAACCUAACCUAGAAGCAGCUGAAGUUGAAGCUGAAGUUCCUUCUCCACAGGAAGAAGUAACUGGUUCUAAAAGUCUUCCUAAAACCGAGGAAAUUAACGUUAUUGAAUAUAGUGUGGUUAAGGCACAAACCUCAGAAGAAGCACCUGACACAUCACUGUACAGUGAACUACAUCUGUCAGGCAACCUUCAACACAGCUGUGAUACUAUAGAGCAACAGUUCGCUUAUGACUUGCCUGAUAAUGAAGCUGAUGAAUGUGAUGCGGCUGAGGGAGAGCUUUUUAUACCCCAGAGUAAUUUUACUUUAGUCUUAGAAAGAGAUGAAGGGGAAGCUGAGAUGGAAGACCCUACAUUAGUAGACGAUUCUAAAGCAUCUGGAACAGCAACAGAGGCAAAACCUGUGAGCUAUUUAGGAAACACUGAAAACCAAGAAUACAUUACAAACUCAGUGUCUACUGUAACUAGUGAUCAGGAGUCUCAGAAUACCGCAGAGUCACUCCCAUAUGUGCCUGAACCCAUUAAAGUAGCCAUUGCUGAGAACUUACUGGAUGUAAUCAAAGACACAAGAAGUAAAGAAUUUACAUCUGAAGCUGUGGAACAGUCUAUUCAUGAGACUAUAGGUAAAAAGGUAACUCGAUUCCGGAAGGCAAAAGCUCCCUUAACAGCUGUGCCAGAAGGAGUGGGAGAUGAAACCAGCAGACAUCAAGUAGGUUACGUCAUCACUCCGAGAACACGUGCCAGGGGACAGCUGAGAAGGCUGAAUAUUACAUCUGCAGGGGAUGUGCAGCUACAGAACACAGAGAAACCAGUUCCGUUUGGACUGUCUCCCAGGAGAAGUACCAGGCGAACAAAAGAAGCAUCUGAGACUUCUAGCCUUCGAACAGAAGAAAAUGCUCAAGAAGAGCAAAUACCUGUGACACCUGUUACUCCAAGGAGGGGUCGGAAGCCUAAACAAGCUAAUAUAGAAAAAGUAGAAAGUGGCCAUUCUGAUGAUCAAACUUUGUCCAUCAGUACGCAGGCCACAGCUCUUACUCCAAGAAGAGGUUUAAGGAGAGCAAAGGAAGCUGCAUCUGCACUCUUGGAAGAGACAAAUGAGGAAACAUCUCUUGCCAAAGGUAGCAUUACUGCUUCUGCUACUCCCAAAAGGACUCGAGGAGGGAAAAGUUCAGUGGGAGAUCCAGAAACUGGUCCGACUGACACUGAUCAUAAGAUAAAAACAGCAGUCAGUCCCAGUAGAAGUGCAAGAAAACUGAAAAGCAUUAGUUUACAGUUUCCUGAAAAUACUGUCAAGGAUCAGGAGGUGCAGCCCAGUGACCAACUCCUUUUACCUGUGCCAACUAAAAGAGGCAGAAGAAGAAAGAUAAGUUCAUCAGAAGUGUCAGAAAAUUCUGACCUUAAUCUGCCUAAAUCAUUGCUUCCUCAAACAGAAUUUAAACUUCCUGUCACUCCUAGAAGAAGUGCUAGGAAAGGGGCACAGAAUCUCCUGGCAGACACAGAAUCUCUCUCCACUCAGGAAGACACACCUUCAGGUGGGAAAGUGGAAGUCCUUGAUACUCCGAGGAGGAGAGCAAGAAGAAUUCCACAGGCUAAACCAGAAAAAACAGAUACUCAUGAGCAGACACCUGCACAGCCGAAUGAGGAAUCAGCCACACCCAGGACUCCAGUUAGGACAGGGCGACGGGGCAGAAAGAGGCGAUCAGUACAGGAGGAGAGCACAGGGGAGGAGGCCUUCCCCCAAGGACCCAGUGGCAGUCCUUUGCUGCUUGAAUACACAGACCCAUCAGGAUAUAGUGAAACAUCAAGAGCUUCAACAGAUCGUAUUACAAGAACCAGAUCCCACAAAACUGCCAUGCAUCAGAAACUGUCAGUUGAGGAAAAUGAGGCUUUCCUUUUCUCUCCUCCUCUCACAAAGCUGACAAAGAAAUUUAAAGCUGAGAAAGCAGACCAUCCUGUGCAGCUGAAGGAUUUAGACCCAGACUUGUCUUCCCAGUUUGUCUUUUCACCCCCUCUUUUGAGGUCAAGGAGCAAAAAUGUAUCUAGCAUUUCCCAAUUUGUGACAGAAUCAGAAAUUCCAACUAAAGAGGAAGAGGAUACCAAAUCCAUAGAGUCUGAGGGAAAGCAAAAAUUGAAGAGAGGUAGAACUGCAAAAUCAAAAGUGAAGAAAACAAGCAAAACCACAAGAAAAGAAGGUUCGUGGUCUCCUCCACCAGUGGAAAUAAAAUUUAUCUCUCCAUUUGGAAGUCCAGUGGGUGGUACAAAAAGCAAACAGAAAGAAACCACAGACAUGGCAGAGAAGACUGUACGAAAGAGCAAAAAAAGACUGUCUAACUUUCCAAAGCCAGUUGUGCGCCGGAGGAUGCUGUAACUUUUUUAAGUUUAUAUUGUACACCACUGUUUGUAAAGUCAUCAAAAUUGUGUGGAUUAGUAAAAAAGAAAAAAAAUCAUCUAAUUUGGAAGAGAUAAUUUAUAUAAAUUAUUGUAAAAUUUCAUAAACAAAUGGUCUUCAAUAAGUAACUCCAUAUGGAGUGUUGAUUUCCUCAGCCAAUGCAGUUUUCUAUUUUAUAGUAAGACUUCAUACAUUUAUAUAAUAUGUAAAUACAGCUUAUUUUAGGAAUGUUAAUAAAAAUGUAUACUUCAAAUAUGCUUACUGUCUUACAGCUUUUUGAGGGAAUAGUGGUUGAGUGAUUUGUAUCGCUCAGAAGUUGUAUUGUUGGUUUGCAAGAGUUGCUGACCCUCAAAAGUGAGGCCAGAAGCUUUUUAAGCCUUUCAAAAGUUUGCUUAGAAUUCUUUUAACAAGUCAAGAUUUGAAACAGUUUAAAUUUUGGAAGUUUUGUUUGACCUUCUCGCACAAAGAAUUGGGUUCACGAUGCAGAGGGGUAAUUGCUUACAUUCACGGUUGAGUUGUACUGUAUUGAAGUCAGAAUGUAAACAAUUGUAUUUUAAGCUGUGCAAUAUUUUUUGUAUUUGUCUUAAAACUUUGGGAAAGCUGCUCUUUAAUUCAUAAAACCUAGAUCACACCUCAGAUGUUUCAUUAUUUUUUACAAUUUGUUGUCAGCAAAAAAUUAACUACAGAGGAUGUGAUGCUUACAGUAGCAUAGCACAUUUAAGGGAGUAUUACUCACAUACUUUGAAAUUUCAGCCCAAAUUAUUUUCAUACGGCUAAUAGAAAUGCUGCUGUCAUUGAAAUAAUUACUGUCUGUGAACAUAGUUUGCAGUAUUUGAAGCCUGCAUAUCACAGCUCUGAAAACCUGAUUAUAAAGCUAAAAUAAUAGUCUGGAAAAGGUACAAAAAUGUGCAGAAAUCUUAGUUACAAACCAUAUUAAUGAAACAACUAUUCAAAAAUAAUCUUGGGUUAUGGAGUAAAUGCCCCUAUAAAGGUUCAGUUUGUAAAAAUAAAUUCAGAAAACCUAUUCUUUUAAAAGCAGACAUGGAAGUACUAUUUUGGUGUGCAGUCUUUUAGACAACGGAUUAUUUUUAUGUAUGUUAAUUUAUAUAUGGAUGCAACUUUGAAGACUACAGAAUGGUGGAACCUGAUAUUAAACUUUUCAUUUAGUAAAAACU